AAUACUAGCAACUUUCAUCCUUUGAAACGUGUGCUGAAAAAGAAGAAUCAGCAAAUACGACUGAAAGUGCAAUAUUUGAUUAUCGCUGCAAGAUGAGCUUUGAUCCAAACCUUCUCCACAACAAUGGACACAAUGGGUACCCCAAUGGUACUUCAGUAGCAUUGUGUGAAACUGGGGUUAUUGAAAAACUGCUAACCCCUUAUGGAUUUAUUCAGUGUUCAGAAUGUCAAGCUAGACUAUUCUUCCACUGUUCACAGUAUAAUGGCAACCUGCAGGACUUAAGAGUAGGAGAUGAUGUUGAAUUUGAAGUAUCAUCUGACCGGCGGACUGGGAAACCCAUUGCUGUUAAACUGGUGAAGAUAAAACCAGAAAUCCUCCCCGAAGAACGAAUGAAUAGACAAGAAGUGUUUUAUCUGACAUACACCCCUGAAGAUGUUGAAGGCAAUGUUCAGCUAGAAACCGGAGAUAAAAUAAACUUUGUAAUUGACAACAAUAAACAUACUGGUGCUAUAAGGGCUCGUAAUACUAUGCUCUUGAAAAAGAAGCAAGCUCGCUUUCAAGGAGUAGUAUGUGCCAUGAAGGAGGCGUUUGGCUUUUUUGAAAGAGGCGAUGUUGUAAAAGAGAUAUUCUUUCACUACAGUGAAUUUAAGGGUGACCUAGAAGCCUUACAGCCUGGAGAUGACGUGGAGUUCACAAUCAAGGACAGAAAUGGUAAAGAAGUUGCAACAGAUGUCAGACUUUUGCCACAAGGGACAGUUAUCUUCAAAGAUAUCAGCAUUGAACAUUUUGAAGGCACUGUUACCAAAGGUAUCCCAAAAGUACCCAGUAAAAACCAGAAUGACCCAUUGCCAGGAUGCAUCAAAGUUGAUUUUGUAAUUCCUAAAGAACUUCCCUUUGGAGACAAGGAUACAAAAUUCAAGGUGACCCUGCUGGAAGGUGACCAUGUUAGGUUUACUAUUUCAACAGACAGAUGUGACAAAUUAGAACGAGCAACUAAUAUAGAAGUUCUAUCCAAUGCAUUUCAAUUCACUCAUGAAGCCGGAGAAAUGGGUGUGACCGCUGCCACGAGAGAAGGGUUUGGUUUCAUCAAGUGUGUGGAUCGUGAUGCUCGCAUGUUCUUCCACUAGCUCCAUAUUGCCGAUGAAGUCGAGUGUACUGUAGUUCCUGAUAUGCUCUCUGCCCAAAGAAAUCAUGCUAUUAGGAAAAAACUCCCCAAGGGCACGGUUUCAUUCCAUUCCCAUUCCGGUCAUCGUUCUCUGGGCACUGUAGAAAAAGAAGCCACUUUCCCCAAUACCCAAACCACCAGCCCAAAUAAAGACAAAGAGAAGGAGGCUGAGGAUGGCAUCAUUGCCUCUGAUGCUUGUGCGGUGAAACUGACCAUUGCUUUUGAAGCCAAGGAUGUAAAAGGAUCUACUUCUCCUCAAAUAGGAGAUAAGGUUGAAUUUAGUAUUAGUGACAGUCCACUUAACAAAGUUUGGUUAGAUAUCUGUGAACUUAACAAAGUUUGGUUAGAUAUCUGUGAAAUUAUCUUCCAGAGUAGUUUUUUUUCCCCCUAG